AUGGGCUUCGUCUUCAAGUUUCCCAAAGACGUGCACAAGAAUACUGGUAUUCUUGUGUUUGUUGAUCGGUUCAGCAAGAUGGUACAUCUUAUUGCUGUACCGGAGUCAAUCACAGCCCAGGGCCGUGCGCGUGUCUUCAUCGACACUAACCUCCGACUUCACGGGUUACCCCACGAACUCGUGUCCGAUCGAGACCCCCGCUUCACAGCGGAGUUCUGGCAAUUCGUGUUCCGUUUACUUGGAACACGUUUGAAGAUGUCAACUUCUGACCAUCCCGAAACAGAUGGUCAGACGGAACGCGUCAAGGUCUUCGAAGAGACACUUCGAGGGUAUGCCCACUCAUUUAUGAGCUGGAUUGAGCUCUUGCCGAUGGCAAAAGUUCGCCAUCAACAACUCGGUGCACGUGUCGACUACGCAUACACCGUUAUUCGUGAAUGGCCUACGCCAUCCACGUUUACCCGCCUUCUUAGAGUGUUUCUCUAG